CCAUCACCCAUCCCCCGCCCGCUGCUCAGCGCAACUACGCUCAUUAGCACCCACACUCGUUUCUCCAGUCAAUCCAUCACAAUGAUCUCCUCUGCCCUCCUCGUUCUCGCUUCCCUUGCUCCAGCCGCCCUGGCCAACGUUUUCAUUACUGCCCCGGUUGGCACCACUAAUUGGCAGGCCGGUCAACAGCAGACCAUCACUUGGCAGGACGACAAUUCUUCCCCGUCGCUCGCCGACUUCGGUGACGCGAAGAUAUCCAUCUACACCGGAAACGCAAACCAGCAGACGCUACUUCAAGCGAUUGCCACAUCUGUGAACGUUGCCACGACUGCCUCCGUAGUCUUCACUCCCGACGCCACGAUCGGACCGAAUGGCGAUGAUUACUUUAUUCGCAUUGAGUCCCUUAACCUCAAGGACGCCAACAACAGCCAGUUCCCUGCCGAGGCUUUCUCUGCCAAGUUCACUCUGUCGAGCAUGACUGGCACUUUCAACGCGAGCGUCCAGGCUGAGGUUGACGGCACGUCUACCGCUCCGAUCGGCGGAUCUGCUACUGCUGGCGCCUCGUCGGGUGCCAGCUCGCAAACCUCCUCGCGUGUUUUUGCCACCUCUUCUGGCUCCCACUCGGGAUCGGCGUCUGCCACCGGCUCUGCUGCUUCCCACAGCGCGUCGAGCACUGCGACGACGAGUGGCGCUUCCAAGCAUCCCGUUGCUGGAGUGAGCUUCAUUGCCGCUGUCGGGGCCUUGUUGGCGGCCACUCAGCUUCUUUAAACCUUUCUACCUCGGUUUCCUCUUGAUUCUGUCUGUCCGCAUCGCCUUUCGAGCUUUGUCACUUCUCUACACUUCUCGUUCGGGAAUCUCCGUAUGUUUCUCUCUCCUCAGCUUAGGGUUGGAUGGUUAUGAUUCCGUAUCGGCACUUCGACUCGGGUCCUUCGUCUCUGUAAUAUCGUUUCGCUCGACAUGAUGACGAAUGUUCAACGUUCAAACGUUCCUGCUCGGAAACUAGCAUAUGGGAAGUGUUGCUGGACAUAUGAGCGGGUUGAUCAGUAUCCUAAUGAGAGCCCCUCC